ACAUGCCACCUUCCAUCACCAGGGAUUCAGCCCACUUAGCAAGUGUUACACACAAGACAAGACUGCUCAACCAUAGUAAAAGCAAGAGGAGCUUCUAGAGCUCAUCGCUCCGGUGUGUCAUUGCUUUUGUGCUUGCCAUGCAGAUAGCAACCCACGUCCUUACACUUAUGCCAUUUGUGAUCACCGAGUGUCCCUCCCACCGUUCGUUUCAUCAGUGUUUCUGCAGCGUGUUUGCAAGUGCUCAGAACUGACUCGGACCAGAACCGCAACAACCGGCCGUUCCAAGAACGAAUCUGGCCGCCGUUGGACUCAAUGGCAGUUUGGGAGCGAAAUUGGGCCCUUCUGGAUUGUUUCUGAUGCUCAUUAUUUGUCAGGGAACCAAAGUGAAUUAUUAAUAUGGAGAACUGAGAUAGCGUUAACAACUCUCGGUUUAUAACAGUUCCCCAUUACUAGUGAAAAUUGCAAAUUUAUCACUCGAUCUGUUCAUUAAAACUCACUUUUUUCCCCCUUUUUUGGUUUCUUUUAAUGAAAGCGGAGAAAUAAGAGAAUGGGAAAAGCCAUUUGGUUGUUAUUUCUUCAGAUGAAUCCAGCCUGUUGUUUUUAAUGAAGUCUUUACUCUUGUACAUAUAAGCAUGAGGGUCUUAUCACGAAAGUGGCAUCUCAGCCAUGUCUGUAGCAGCACUCAGCCAUGUAACAAAUACUUAGCAAUACUUCUUGCUUCCUUCAAGGAGAAUGCUUAGUCCUGUUUAAUGGUUUCUGUUUUUUUUUGCCUACUACCCUAGAAGCCCUUCUCGAUUUCAGCAGACGCUUUCUCUGCUGCACGCGUCUUAUCGCGUGUUCUCUGCUUGCUACAGAGAUGGCAGAUUCCUAUUCGUACAAAGGCGGAAAGAAGUCUAGCAAAACCAGCGCCAGCAAAGACAGCAGCAGGACAGAGAUGAGGAUCAAUCCGAGCAACGAGCUCUCCAAGCUGGGAAACGCAACCAGCGACAAGACAGAAGGCAGGAAGAAAGGGCGGCCCAAGGCAGAGAACCAGGCGCUCAAAGACAUCCCACUGACCCUGAUGAACCAGUGGAAGGAUGAGUUCAAGGCCCACUCCAGGGUGAAGUGCCCCAAUUCAGGCUGCUGGCUGGAGUUCCCCAGCAUCUAUGGCCUCAAGUACCACUACCAGCGCUGCCAAGGGGUAAGAAGGACAGAGGGCGCCAUCUCGGAGAAGCUGACCUACUCUUGCCCCUACUGUGAAGCUGCCUUCACAUCCAAAACCCAGCUGGAGAAGCACCGGCUAUGGAACCACUUGGAUCGGCCGGUCCCGGCCUGCAAAGCCGAAAACAAAGUGCAGAAGUCUCUCAGCAAGAGCAGUGGCAAAAAAAGACCUGCUGAGAGCUCAGAUUCCCCAACCAUCCAUCCCAAACAGGCAAAGAUGGAGAAGGUGGCUGCCCGGGAGCCCCCUGAAAACGGCGAGUGCUUGGUGGCGGGCCGUGGGAGCAAGGAGUUCCAGAUCGCGGCGGCAGAGGCGGUGGCUGCAGCCACCCCGACGGGCAAGUCUUCGAGCUGCAAGGACCCCAAGCAGCAGGGAGGUCAGGCAGCCCUCCAGGAGGAGGACCCCGAGAGGAUGAAGCACAGAAGGAAACAGAAAACCCCUAAGAAAUUUACCGGGGAGCAACCGUCCAUCUCAGGGACGUUUGGACUGAAAGCUUCUCUCCAGUCCCGCUGUUGUAAACCGGGCACCGCUCCAGGUUCAUCCUCCUGUGUUUUAAAAGCGCCCUCUCCCUCUUCAGGCCUCAUAAAAGCCGAGGACAAAGCAAAAGCACAUCGAGCCAAGAAGCUGGAGGGGAGCAGCAACAUGGAUGAGCUGAAAAAGAAACCUCCAGGAGGCGGGAAAAAGGAGGCAGCUCCGCACUUUCCAACAGUAAGCCCCGAGGAGCAGUGGCAGCGGGAGAUCAAUGAGAAGGGAGAAGUUGCCUGCCCCACCUGUGGCAUCAUAACCAGGAAAACCAUUGUGGGCCUCAAAAAGCACAUGGACGUCUGUCAGAAACUGCAGGAUGCCUUGAAAUGUCAGCACUGCAAGAAGCAGUUCAAGUCCAAAGCUGGCCUGAAUUACCACACCAUGGCAGAGCACAGCAACAAGCCUCUUCCCGUGGAAAUCGCUGGACUGGGUGAACAGGAAGAGCGGGAAAGGCUGAGGAAAGUGCUAAAGCAGAUGGGGAAACUGAAAUGCCCCAAUGAGGGCUGCACGGCCAACUUCUCCAGCCUGAUGGGCUACCAGUACCACCAGAAGCGCUGCGGGAAGCAGCCCGCCGAAGUAGAGAAGCCCGUGUUCACCUGCCCUCACUGCGGGAAGAAGUAUAAAUCAAAGGCUGGCCACGACUACCACCUCCGGUCAGAGCACCCGUCUUCGCCCCCUGAGGAGCCAGCGGUGAAACCCGAGACCAACCCAGUAGAAGAUUUUGAGAGGACUCCGAGCGGUAGGAUCCGGCGCACGUCGGCCCAGGUGGCCGUCUUCCACCUCCAGGAGAUAGCCGAAGAUGAGCUGGCAAAGGACUGGACCAAGCGGAGGAUGAAGGACGACCUGGUGCCUGAGACGAAGCGACUCAAUUACACCCGGCCAGGACUUCCCAAGUUAAAUCCAAGACUGCUGGAGACCUGGAAAAAUGAAGUGAAGGAGAAAGGACACAUCAACUGUCCCAAUGAUUGCUGUGAAGCCAUCUACUCCAGCGUCUCCGGCCUCAAGGCUCACCUGGCUAACUGCAACAAGGGAGACCACUCCAUGGGGAAGUACCGCUGCCUGCUGUGCCAGAAGGAGUUCAGCUCGGAGAGCGGAGUCAAGUACCAUAUCAUCAAGACUCACUCAGAGAACUGGUUCCGCACCUCUGCAGAUGCUUCCCGGAAAAAGAAGAGCAGGGAACAGAUUUCUUCCAGCAACGAGGAGAAAAAGGAAAGCACAAACGGGAAGAAAAGAGGCAGAAAACCCAAGGAAAGGCCCCCAGAACCAUCCACCAAGGGCAAAGAGAGCACGGUGGCAAAGACUAAUCACAAGAAACCCCCAGAGCCUUGGGAGAGCUCCAACUGCCGGCUUGGCAUGGAGGAGAGGGGCCCCAAGCUGCCUGGCAGCCGGAAAGCAGGAGCCAGCAAGAUGCCCGAAAAAUAAGAGGUUCCCGGACUGUCUCCGAGGAUUCGUUUACAACCCAGGGUAACGAGGCGGGGGCUGUGCCGGGUUUCUGUCCCCCUUCCCCCCCCCACGCCUCCCUUUUUAAGAGAAAAAGAGGAAAACCACUUUAAGGAAAGUCACGGACCUUGUUUCACACUGGAAAAGAGAGAGGAAAGAGACUGCAAUUUUCUACCCAGCCUCUCCCCAUUUCCACGACCCCCCACCCCUACACUUGUGCACGCACACACGGGCUCCCGGCUUCCCUGCUCAUACGUCUCUUCCCCUCCCCACACAGCGGGGAUCCUUGCUGCCCCUUCGCCCAUCACGUCUCCGGGCUCCGUGCACCGAACGGGUGAUACUUGAACGAAAGGCAAGUGCAAUAGCGCCGGGAUCCACGCCUGGCCUGGGACUGCCUUUCAGUUUGCCGUAGCGAGGCGGGAUCCCUCUGCGUUUCCUUUUUGUGUGGGAUGGGGAGUGGGGCAAUGUCUUGUCUGACUCGGUCCACCCUGCGCCCUCAGGACGCUGCAGCCUGUGGAUCCCUUGCGAUGAUCUAGUGGCUUUGGGGUUUCUGAAGACUCAGUGGCUGGCAAGGCUUAAACAAGGGCCCAGGUCAUGAGUUGCAGGGAUUGACAGGAGGCAUGCAAGGCAGAGCCCCUACGCUGCAACGCAACUGGAGGCUGGGUAGUAAUCCCAGGAAUGAGCUGUGUGUAGUGCCGAGGGUUUAUGAAUGGUCCACGAGACUGUUGCAUGGGCAUCCCGGGUGCAUUUCGGAAGAUAUGGUCCUGCCGAGCCAUGAACUGGUGCUGGGCUGGUUUCCUAGUCCCAUCUGCCUGCGGUAGUUUUCUGUUUGGUGCAUCAGGUAGGCAGGAUCAGGCCACAGGUAUCAGCAGAUAGGCACAGCCAUGGCUUGUCCACCACCCCACCCCCAGGAGCAACGAGAUGGCAGUCCAUCUGUCUGUCUGCUGCAGCCAGGGCUGUUCUCAUGCCCAGCAAGGCAGGAUACAGGCCUUUGUGGGCCUGGAUCUGAAAAGAGGGAGGCUGGUGUUAUCAGAGAGGCCAAACUCGCCCAUGUCCAGCAGCAGUCAGUGGGAGCUGUGGGUGCUCAGCACAGCUGGGAAUCAGGCCCACUGGACCAGUCAAGGGAAAGGGGGUUUGCACAGGAUGGUGGGUACGGAGGAGGGAGAGGGGAAGGCAAUCUAUUUUGUUCUUUUCUGGUCUUUUAACUGAAAACGGGGCAAUGCAGAAUGGAUGUGAGCUCCCUGGGGCUCAAGGGAAGGGGAAAGAAGCCCUCUGAAAUGCUGAGAAAUGCUUCGAGGUUGGGUUUUUAGGGUUUUGAUUGUUUUAAUACCCCUUUAGACAAAACUACUGUAUCAAAUUGAUACUGAACUUCAGCUACAAAUAGUUCUUUAGCAAUAGAGCCGAGCAGAUAUUGCAGAACGCAGGCGCAGAGGCCCUUGGGUUCGUGCUCUGCCUGCGCCCAGGCCGGCAGGCAGGAGCGUCGGCAGACAAACGCCGCGGGGCGCAGGCUUUCACACUUAUGCCGAGGAGGCUUUAAACUGAAAAUUGCUCCGAAGAGUGACUCUGGUGAGUCCCUGUUCAAUCAGAACAGCCAUCGGAGGCACCUGCCGUAGGCCAGGUAGGGUGAAAAAAAUGGGAGUAUCCAAUUCAUUUGAGAAAAGCGUUGUCUUUUGAGGUUAGAGAAAAAGGGCCAGCUGGUCUAAGGAGGCUUUCCAAGUGACUCGCCCUGCGCUCUGUUCGUUAGGCCCAUGAGAUCUCAGCAGCCCCAACGUUGGCACAGGGUUGGCUUCAAGUGACAAUCAUGGGUCAGGCUUUAUGGUUACGGCCCCAGUGAUGCCAAGCUGACGCUGCAGCUGGUUGAACACACACUGCACUUGGCCUCAUUGGGUGGACCAGGCCUGGGCCCAGGGGACAGGUCUCUGAUGCCCCAAAUGUCCUGUUGACCUCAGGUCAUCUUCACCCUCCCUCCCUGGCGAGGCGGGGAGGAUGCCUCUUUCCAUUGCAUUUUCCUUUGAAGACCUGCACUAACUUUGAAUCCAGAUUUCUCAGAGCCAGGACUGUCAGGACACCCAGUCUGGUCUGGAGGAAGAAUAAACCCCAGACCAAAGCCCAUCUGCUUGCAGACACAAACCAGGCUACCUCUGUCUGUGGACCAGAUGUGGCUCCUGCUGCAGCUGGCCCCCACAGCAGGUCUCAUGGAGCAGUUUUAUAACAUACUUUGCACUUGCUCAUGGGACAACAGCACCCUUCAUUCACCACAGGGCCUUGCACACCCUUCAUUCACCCCAGCCAGGGGGUUUGGCGGGUGAUAUUUCCCGGGAGGGGGGGGUAGGGAAUUCUGCUUAUUUAGCUAAUGAAAGCCUUGCGUGUUUUUGCUCCCCUGGCUCUUGCAGCUUAUCCUUGAGCCCACUGACCUUCUGUAUUUUUUUCACACUCAGAGGAGCCAUUCAGUGAUAAUUAAUGACCCUCUUGAGUGACACAUUAUUACUGCCACAUAGAGAGACAUCGCCUCCCAAUGUCAGGUUCACUCCCCAAGAGAAUCCCUGCAGAAGACCUGGCCCAUAUAUCCUGACGGCUGAAUUAAACCAUCCGCCAGUCCCCUGGUUGCACACCGAAAACUGCGGCAGCCUCAUACCUGCCUGGAGGAAACUCAGUCCAUGGUAGCUAACCGUGGUUGGCGAAGG